GUUAAAAGCGAAAGUCCACAGAGCACACGAUCCCAUUAUGGAAGAAACAACAGCAGCAACCGCAACCAUCAUGGCUGCUCUGGCCACCCUCACCCCACCCCAACUCUCAGAUCUCACCCGCACCAUCCUCUCCCACACCCAUCACCACCACCGCCGUCUCUCCUCCCUCCUAUCCUCCCCCAUCCUCUUCUCUCUCACCCUCCACCGCCUCAACUGCCUCCCUCUCGCCCACAAGACUCUCCUCAUCGCCAACCACCUCCUCUCCUCCCUCCACCACCUUACACUCCACUUCCAACCCUACACCAAUCUACCGCCGCGGCAGGCCAGACAAAGAGACCUCGACGCCGUCCUGCUCCUCCUCUUACUCUGCGAAGUACACCAGCACAACCCUCAAGCCCUCGAAGCACCAAAUGUAAAAUGGCGCGAAAUUCUAAGCGAUUUGUACUCCGACAACAUGUUAACAGUUUCCGGCAUUGGGGUCUACAACGGGUCGGCUUUGGUGUCUUAUAUUGAGGUGCUGACAAGGUGCUUGAGAUUCGUCAGCGUGAUGGGUUUUUGCUGUGGCGGGAAGGCAGGGAGAGAAGUGGCGGCAUCGCCAGCAGUCGUGGUGUCGCUGCCGUCAGUGGUGGUAAGCGGUGGCGGGAGCGAGUGCGUGAUAUGUAAAGAGGAGAUGAGAGAACACAGAGAUGUGUGUGAGCUGCCGUGCCGGCAUUUGUUUCAUUGGAUGUGUAUUUUGCGGUGGCUGAGGAAGAGGAACACUUGUCCAUGCUGCCGGUUUACGCUUCCCACGGACGAUGUGUUCGGGGAGAUCCAACGGCUGUGGGAGAUUUUAGUUAAGAUAGGCGAGAAGGAAUUAGCUUAGAGUGAUGGUGAUCAACAAUGUGCACACGUGUCACCAUCAGAGUGGAUGGGAAAUUUCUUGGCUGUGAAGGGAUUGUGUGUGAUGGAUGAAAUUGCAGAGGAUCGCACAUAAUACUUGAUAUGGACGCAUGUGGUUUAGGUUAUAGGCAUUUGUGGAUUAGCAUGUAGCUAAAUAAAUAAGACACCGAGAGAGAGAGAGAGAGAGUUUAUGCGAUUAAUUCACUUGGGGUAUUGAUCUGCAAUCUUCUGUAAUUGAUUUCACAUUUCAUGAAAUCGAGUCCAUUUUUAUGGAUUGGUAAUUUUACACUUCAAUAAACUGACCCAACCUGAGAUCCAAUUGAUUAA